AAACUAAAAUUAUGUCAGGAAGAGGCAAAGGUGGUAAAGGACUCGGUAAAGGAGGCGCUAAGCGUCAUCGUAAGGUUUUGCGUGAUAACAUCCAGGGAAUCACCAAACCCGCCAUCCGUCGUCUCGCUCGUCGUGGUGGUGUCAAGCGUAUCUCCGGUCUGAUCUAUGAGGAGACUCGCGGUGUGUUGAAGGUGUUUUUGGAGAACGUUAUUCGUGACGCCGUCACCUACACUGAACACGCCAAGAGAAAGACCGUCACCGCCAUGGAUGUCGUCUAUGCUCUGAAGCGUCAGGGUCGCACUCUGUACGGUUUCGGAGGUUAAACGCUUAAACUCCACACAAAUCCAAACGGCUCUUUUAAGAGCCACCCAUCUUCUCACUUAAAGAGUUAACGUGUCCGUUGUAGUAUGGGUCAGUUUGUUUAAGAUUAAGUUGCUUUUUAACACUCAUCACAGUUUUCCUUGGUAUUGUGUGUGUUAUGACCGGUUUGGUCAUGCUGUACUUUUGUUUAUUCGGACAUUAGAAAUAAUGUUUAAACCAAGCAUAAAGAACACAAAAGCCAAGUGUCAUUAUGUG